GAGAAAGGGGAUUACAGUUUGAUCUAACUCGUAAGGAGAGAAAAAACAAUAGCUUUGAAAAAUUCAUUUCUCCAUGAUUCCGAUCUAGAGCUUCUUCAUUCCUAAACCGGUGGACUGGAAGGAUUUGGUGAUACAGGAACUACUGAGAUCUCUUGGCAAUGCCGCCACCGAAAGUUUCUCGCGGAUUCUCUUUCUUCGGCGGCGGCAGCAGCAGCAGCACCGGCGGUGACGACACGGUUAACAAGUUCGGCGGACGAGAUGAUACUCAGAAGAAGUCCGUCCGUCUCGAAGAUUUAGCGUCUUUGAAGCUACAAACCGAUAAAGAUGUCUAUAGACCUGGUGAUCCUGUUCUGAUAACCAUUGAGAUCCGCAACAACAACAGUCACUCGGAAGUUGCUCAUGUAAAUGAGGAUAGUUCACUUUUGAUUGAAAACAUGACCUUUGAAAUGAAAGGUAUUGAGAAGUUGGAUACACAAUGGUUCGCUACUCAGAAACCUACCCCUGAUUCCAAGCAGAAAAGAGGUGAAUAUAUUUUUAUGGAAUGCUCAACAAUGACAGUGAUUUCCAAUCAAGUUAUUUCAUCUGGAGGAACCAGAACAUAUCUUGUCCGCACCUGUCUGCCAAGCAUUGUACCUCCAUCGUUCAGGGGUUCUACUAUUCGUUAUACAUAUUAUGUUAGAAGUACAUUAUCUGGGCGGCAUAUGACUUUUGGGGAUGACCACUCUGGCAGAAGAUUCAUCAACGCUCUUUCUCAACUGGAAGCCCGCAUACCUUUACAAGUAUGGUUGUCGCAGAAAUCCAAUGGCCUGCCCAUUGAAGAAGGCUGGACUGAUGGAAUUGUUCCACCCUCAACAAUCUUUCUGGAUGCUUAUUGGAAAGAGAUGGAUGGAGAAUCUGAUUGGGCAAGACUUAGUGAAACAAAUGAUGAAGUUGAAGAAGGUUAUGAGAGCUCAAGAGAUGAAAUUUCAUCUGUUUCUUCCUACAACCCCAACAAGAACAACAUAACCAAGGCAUUUGGAAGCUCACUGUCUCUACAGUCAUCAGCUUCGAGGUCUUCUAUGAAAGAAAGAAAUAGCAUAUCUAACAAUAUGUCACCUCCUCAACUAGCUGUAUCUGAGGUGCUAUAUGACUCGGGAGCGGCAACAGAUUUUCCUACAUCGGCAAGGUCAUCAACAUUUUCUUCUCCAGUUCAGCGGCCAAUAUCUAGGAAGUCAGUUUCAACAGAAGAUUCCAGAUUGUUAUCUGACCCUGGAGCUGUUGAGUCAGUCGCAUCAGAAGGCUUUCUUCGAGGAAGAUCUUACAAUUUCAGAUUGGAUGACCAAGUUCUUCUGAGAUUUUCACCUAAAAAUCCUGACUCGUCUUAUUACUUGAGUGAUAUGAUAGGUGGCACUCUUACUUUCUUUCAUGAAAAAGGACUUAGAAGAUGCCUCGAGCUUUCUGUAACCCUUCAAAUGUCAGAGACCAUAAAUCGUCGCUCAGUGCAUCCUUCAAGGAAACAUUCCCCCACAAUUACCAAGGUUCAGAGUGAUCACCACGAGGUAGUUGCAGAUUUGGUCCAAACAAGCUUUCUCUUUUCCAUUCCCAUGGAUGGACCCAUGUCCUUUUCUACUCCCCAUGUUUCCAUACAGUGGGCUCUCUGUUUCGAAUUCUACACUACUCCGAAGAAUGUGGAUUGGACCAGAUAUGAGCAUCCUCUUCUUGUAGAUGGAAGGGACAAAUGUGAGUGGGUUCUACCAAUAACAGUUCAUGCACCUCCAGGGGCUCCAUCUUUUCAGUUAAGAAAUGAGAAGACUGCUUUCCCUUCUGAAUCCUUGUGGGUCAGGACUUGAAGAUUUUUGCUAGACUUUGAAGUGAAAAUCCACCUUGAAAAUGAAACCUAGCGAUAUUGCAUAAUAGCUGUUAGAGGUGGGUAGUGGUUAUGCUGUCUUAUUCUAAGUCGAGAUUCUCAUACUAUAUGAUUACACAUUGGACCGCUACUUUAUCUUAAAGAAUAGUGUAUGCUCAAAUUCGAAUGAUUUGUGAAAGUGGGCAGCGAUUUUUCUUCAUUUUUUUCACUAAAUAUCAGUUGAUGAAUUGCAAUCUUACAAGAGAUAUUCCGACAAUGUUUGUUAAAGUUCGUCGUGAUAUAUAUUAUAUUCAUGUUACUAUUUCUCGUAGUAUAUCUUAUUGGGCUUGUU